AUGUCCAAAUACACGGCCCAAAAUCAAUCCUACCAUCUAACAUCCACCGAAUGCAUUUUACCCCCCACCGUUGAAAAAUCACGGACCGCAGCCCGAAUCAUAGCAUGGUCUCGUAGACACUAUGUGCGCUGGAAAGCUCCCUUUGAGGAUAUAGCCCAGAGAUAUAUGUUGCUACUAAACUCUCCCCGGAGGGAACAAGCAUACAUCAAUGCCGCCACACGAGCAUUCGACAAAGCUAGUAUAGAUGAUUUAACAACCGAUUUCAUUGCUGCUUUCAACAUUACCGGACGAGAUAUCCACGAUCUGCUGGGUAGCGAAACCUAUCCCGAAACAACUUGGCAGAUUCUUCCCGGUGAUGCGGCUCCGGUCAUCUGGCCGCUGGAGAGACUUACUAGUACAAACGAGAAAGUGGAGGAUUUCUGUCGCAUUGUCAACGCCGCACUAGAAACCUCUGGCUUGUCGAUAUCGGCAAGUUUCGCAGCGAUGUUGUACGUCACACUGUUAUCCGACGAUUCGGGUUUAAAAUCAGCGGUCGAUAAUUCUUUAGAGGUUCUUGAUUAUAAGGGAGUAAGUGAUGCGCGAUUAGGAGAGUUGGGGGUUACUCUCAACAAAGCUGGAAUAACAGUUGAUAGUGCACUUUCACACUGGCUUCAAAGAAAAUGCAUCUCAACUUCCAAUCCUAUGGAAAGUCCUGUCUCUCGGGUAGUUCCGGCUUAUGCCAGCGUCUCCGUCGUGACGCCGCGGAACACCCGCUUAUCAGCAGAGGCCAGAGUUCGUGAUAAGCAUCGGUGUUUACUCUCAAAAAAAACACACAACGUUCAAGUGUAUCACUUAGUGGCAUAUUCGAUUGGUCAAUUUUGGAGAUUCGUCGCGAUGCUAGUAGGCGAAGAAGGCAUGCUUAAAAUACGAGCAUAUGUAAUCGGUGAAUCCGAGAACGGUGCCCUUAUCAACCGACUUGAAAACUGUAUCUGCUUGUCGUCAGACCUUCACGCUCUCUUCAAUGACGGCGCUUUCAUCUUGGAACUUCUUGAUGAAGACGAGCGGUCUCCAAUGCGAGUGGAUGUCUCAAAAUUUUGCGAACCAGCUGUUCCAGCGGAAUACUCUGUGAGAUACACCAAAGUUGCCGGGUUGGUUGAACCUCUAGUACGGAGGGGUUCUAGUAUACAUAACCUUUCCGUCAAUGAUAUCCCAGCAAGCAGCUUAGAGGAUGAUGCUAUUCUUGCAUUUAACCCGGUAUACGAUGUAGUUCAGAAGAGAGAGCUUCAAAAUAGCGAAAUUAUCAGAUUUAAGACAGAUAAUCCGGAUACUCACCCACUUCCUCAUCCGCACCUUCUGUGGCUUCACGCCAAUAUCAGCCGAGUCGUAAGGAUGGCGGGUAGGACUGGUGAAUAUGAAUAUGCCUCUGAAUUCGACCCUGAACUCGAAGAAGAAGAGCUCUAG